AUGAAUUCCGGUUCAGAGGAUAUCCAUUAUUUGAUGGAGGAGAGCUCAGCCCGUUUCCACCCUAGACUAGGCAGGAGGUCUUGUAGUCAGCGUCAAUCUAAAGGUGGUAUUAACGCCAAACGGCCGCUGUUCAACAGGAAUCCUCCUUCGUCUUCUGGUGAAAUCAACCUACAAAUCUUAUCUUCAUACACUUACAUACGAAAUGAAUGUCUCCUCAACAAAGUUAUCCCACCAAGUGGAGAUGACGGAAAAUGUGCUCACCGGAUUCGGCCUUGUCUGCCAAAGCCACUUUUGGAUCCCGUUGCUGGGGUCGGAAGGUAUGUCGGCCGGAGCCAUAGGCUAGGCCUUCAAUUGAGUGAGCCGAUGCUCCUCUUCUUCGUCACUUGGGAGCUCAUCUUUGUGUGCAUCCCUUCGUGCUUGAUAGAAUUUCCUUCGGCUGUACUCAGCUCGAAGCUGUCAGACAUCUUCGGCAGAUGUUUAUCUGCAUCGUGUCUUCACUUUUUCACUGCUUGCUCUCUCAUUUCCAUCCAGUUUUUGUCGAUUCACUUGGUCACGAUGAAGAAGACAUCUACUGCUUUUUUCGGCAAGUCAACUCUAACGACAGCGUUGUGCAUUGUUGACCUUUACUUGGUAGAAGUGGUUCCUACAAACAUUCUCACGUCUGCCCGUACGAUGCAUAGUUCAUGGUACAGUGAAGAUGGAGAGGCCGCCAGUCCUGGACUCAGCUUCUCGACUUUCACACUUGUCAUUUCCACCAGUUUCAUCCAAGCGACGAUGGUGCUCUAG